AGAUCGAGAGAAGUUGUAUGGCCCCUACAGGAGACAAUGUUGUUGUUUCUAAUAUGAAUCUUGAAAGGAUGCUUAGCAUGAAAGGAGGCAAGGGAGAUGCUAGCUAUGCCAAUAACUCCCAAGCCCAGGCACAGCAUGCUCUGUCCAUGCUUCAUCUUCUUGAAGAAACCCUAGAUGGGGUGCAACUCAACUCCCCGGAGGUCCCCUUCGGGGUGGUGGACUUGGGAUGCUCGUCCGGCAGUAACACCAUCUUCAUCGUGGACGUCAUCAUCAAGCACAUGAUCAAACGAUACGAGGCGCUAGGGUAUGAGGCACCGGAGUUCUCCGCAUUUUUCUCCGACCUCCCUUCAAAUGACUUCAACACUCUCUUCCAGCUUCUUCCACCCUUGGCCAAUAAUGGGGGUAGCAUGGAAGAGUGCCUAGCCGCCAACGGCCACCGCUCCUACUUUGCAGCUGGCGUUCCCGGUUCCUUCCACCGCCGCCUUUUUCCGGCGAGGUCCAUAGAUGUUUUCUACUCUGCGUUUUCCUUGCACUGGCUCUCUCAGGUACCGGAGAUAGUGUUGGAUAAGAGAUCAAAGGCAUAUAACAAAGGAGGGGUUUUCAUCCACGGUGCAAAUGAGAGCACAGCAAAAGCAUACAAGCAGCAGUUCCAGACUGAUCUAGCAGGAUUCCUCAGAUCAAGAUCACAGGAGAUGAAGAGAGGUGGGUCCAUGUUCUUGUUGUGCUUGGGCAGAACCAGCUCUGUGGACCCCACAGACCAAGGUGGGGCCGGCCUCCUCUUUGGGACCCACUUUCAGGAUGCUUGGGAUGAUCUUGUCCAAGAGGGACUCAUUACUAGUGAAAAACGUGACAACUUCAACAUUCCGGUUUACGCGCCGAGCCUACAAGACUUCAAGGAGGUAGUCGAAGCCGACGGCUCAUUUGCCAUCAACAAGCUCGAGGUUUUCCGGGGAGGAAGCCCACUUGUCGUUAAUUGCCCCGAUGAUGCAGCCGAGGUGGGUCGAGCCCUAGCCAACAGCUGUAGGGCCGUGAGUGGGGUCCUAGUCGACGCCCACAUAGGCGACCGGCUUGGCGAGGAGCUGUUCUCACGGGUUGAGCGCCGAGCCAUGAGCCAUGCAAAAGAGCUACUGGAGAAGCUACAGUUUUUUCACAUAGUUGCCUCUCUUUCUCUUGCAUAGAGAAAAAGAAGACAAAGAAAAAAGCUCACUCUUGUGUGUGUUUUUUAUGCAUAGUAAAGAUAAGAGACAAAACACAAAAAGAGAGUAGAAAUCAAAAGUUCACCAUCUUUUUCUCUCUCUCUUUUGAGUUUUUCUGUGUAAUUACUGACGGUAGUUACCUUUAUACGUGAUGGAUUUGUGUUUUUGGUGUUCCCUUUGACUCAAAACUCAGUUAAAAAAAAACUGGUAGACCCUGUUCAUUUCACUUGCUUUUAUGGGCUCAUUAUCAUGUCUAGUUAUGUGAAAUUGUGUGACUUUUGAGUCUGCUUUUGUACCUAACAACAUGUGAAAUGCCAUUUGAUUUUACACUUUUAAGUCACUUCAAUUGUCAUUUCUCUGCUUUUGUACCUAACUACAUGUGAAAUGCCUUUUGAUUUUAUACUUUUAAGUCACUUCAAUUCUCAU